UUACGUUGAACGCGCUACCCAUGCGUUCUGUUGUUCAACACUAAAGUAUCGAUAGAUUACUUGCAGCCCUAGAUUGCGGCGUCGUUUGAAAGCAACUGUAAACUAUUACCAAUACAAGCAUAAUACAGAAACCGAAGAGGCAUAAAAGAAAACUGAACAACAAGAGACAAGCAAAUAAUUAACUUAACUUUCAUAAACGCCAACAUUCGGAAAACCUAACUUUCAACGAGAGGAUUCAGCUGCAUUUUUUUGUGUAUUUUGGUUUGAAUUUGCAGAUCUUUGCAGAUUUAGAGAUAUAGGGAUUUAGAGAUCUGGAGAUCAUGACGUUGCCGCGUGCGGAGACGCCACUGCGUCGUUCAGCGGUGGGCAGCCACCGCGAGAGUAUGCUGCGCGACCUCACCACCCAGGUGAACGACGAUGAGGCCGAACGCCGAGAGGCGCGUCGCCGCACAUUGUUGCAGAAUCAAGCACGGCCCCGGGAGAGCAUGGUCUUGGAGUCGAUCGAGGAGAAUGAAACAAUACGCGAUUGCCUGGCGAUCUAUAACGGCAACAAGCUGAGCCGGGACAAUGCAUGGAAUUUAUCCUUGAUCGAUACGCUCUCGUCGCUGCUCGAUCGACAUCACAAGACCCUUAGCAACUUUAAGAUGGCUGGCUCUUCGCUGGAGGCCUCUUCAAAGGUUUAUGGCUUGCGUGUGGAUUCCAUUUAUCUGGAUGCGAUGCGAAUGGCAGCGGGUCUCAGUGCGCGCACUCUGACAGAACAGCAGCUGAAUGCGGCUGCUGAUCGCGACGAUAGCAUUGCUGGCAAUGCAGAGGGCGGUUCAGCUGAUGACAUUGAACCGGCUCAGGCAGCGGCACCCAAGCCCAAGAAGCGUACACGCAAAGCCACGGUGACCAAGAACAAAGAUACGCUGAAUGCACGUUUGGACACGGCUCCAUUGCAGGAUCCGGUAUUUGGUAAGCUCAACUCGACGGUGGGCUCCAUAAAUGCCUCGAAUCGGCUUAUGCAUAAUGUAUUGCCCACAUUGGACUCGGAGCUGCGAUUGCGUACAAAUUAUGUCUUUUGGAACUCAGAGGAGCUACCGACGGAAGUGAAAGAUUACAUCUCAGUGGACCCGGAGAUCAAAAACUUGGACACACAGUCGCUGGUCAGUGCCGAGUGGGCCAUAAAGUUGCGGCGGUACGAUCAACAGUUGAUGUUGCGUCCGCUGCACUCCGGUUAUAUCAUUACCGAUGCGCCCAAUCCGACCAAUGCGAACGAACAACCGACUGCUGACCAGUUACCAGAGGAUGAUGAUUUUGGGGUGGAUAAUGCGGAUGACUUUCAUGACAAUCCCAAAGAGCUAUCCAUGGCCUUUGACAUCAAUGCCGAGUGCGAGCCCAUGCCGCAGCUGGAUGAGCCGGAGUCAAACAUUCUGCCGGUGGACUACAAUGAGGAGCUCGAGGAGCUAACACCCGAAGAACUUUUAGCAUUGAAUCGCUGUCGUGCCUUGCGCAAUAAGCCGGUGGUUGUCGAAGAUCUGCGACCCGUUGAUGGCCGCUCGAAGCUGGAGUACUCCUACAGACCCAUGGAUAAAAUCUCACAGUUCUGGGCGGGACCCUCACAUUGGAAAUUCAAGCGGAUGCGAGCACGCAGCACCAUUGGCCAGAGCAAUGCGCUGGACAAUAAUUCAGCCGGUGGCAACAGUGGUGCCACAGCUGCCGCGACAAGAGCACGUCGCGCUGCUCUGCUAGCGGCAAAGCGACGCAGCAAACAGCUCAACUUUGGCGUGUACACGGAGAGUCUGUUUCAGACUCUGGAUGCCAAUACGAAACUGCGCAAGGCCAAUUUUCAAAAGCGCUGGGAUGCCCGCAAACUGAUGCUGCCCACCAAAUUCGACUUUGAGCCCAAUUAUUUCUACAAAUACGAUUAUGCACCGAGCAUUAAGGUUAGUCGACGAUUUGGUGUCCAGGAUGAUGAUGAUGGCGAAAUGUAUAUCGAUACGAAUGCGGCUGCUGAUGAUGUUGCCGACGAUGUUGAGCUCUUUGACAAUGAUCAUUUUGAUGCGGACACGCCUCAAUCGCCUACUCACAUGAAUGUGAGCACCAUGCAAGGGACAAGUGUUGGUGGUGACAAUGGCGACACCUUUCUGGACACUGAGUCGGCUGCAGCCCAGGGGAAUGCAACGCUGCGCCACUGCAAUGAUACGGUGCUCGAGAUAUCCACCGAAUUUGAGGGGGCACCAACGCAGGUUACCAAAGUCAUUGUGCCUUUUGCCAAACGUGCUAAGGUUAUUGACAUGAAGAAUCUUAAGCGCAGCUGCAAUUCCUUAAUUCAAAAGCAAUUGCUGAAUGCCGUCGAUGACGAGAAGAUACCUACACACCCGAAAGCGAAUCAGGAGCACUAUGCCAAAGGCAUGGCCACUUUUAAGGGGGUCUACAACGAGCUACCCAACCUUCUUACCCAAAAAAUGGCCGAAUCGCUGUCGCCGUCGGUGGCGUUUUAUGCUGUUCUACAUUUGGCCAACGAUAUGAAAUUGCGUCUCUUACAACAGGAUGAUCUGGAAAAUGUUAUUAUAAGACAAGUAACUGAAUAAGAUAGCAAAUUUAUUUAGCAUUACAAUUAUCAAACACAUAGACUAAAAUACAGUCUAUACACACAUAAAUGUACACCAACACACACACACAUGUACACUCACACACACCUACACUGAAUUCUCCUUAAUCACAGUAUUCCCACAAAACAAGUAUCUAACAAUUAGAUCGUGUUCAAUUUAGUUGUUCUACACUGUCAGCAUUGUGGUCAUUUUUAUGGUUAUAGUCCUCCCAAAUGAAUCAUCAUACCUUAAAAUUCUGCUUAUGUUUUAAAAAAACAAAAUUAACUGUAUUUAAUUAAAGAAGAUUUAAAUAAGAUACGAUUUAAUCUAU